AAAAGAAAAGAAAAGAAAAUCCCACGUUAAUAUUUUUCUCUCUGCUUCCUAUUCUCCCUUCCACAUAUCUAACCACCUUUACCAACACCAUCCAUUAAUUCUUGCAUCUUCUUUCUCUUUCGUUCCACCGGAUCUUCCUGCUUGUAAUCUCUCUCUGCAAUGGGGUGCGGUGGAUCAAAGCUUGACCCCGAAGAUGAGGCAGUGCCUCCGAGGCUACGUCCCCUUCUCCGCCGGAGGUUAGAGGAGAUCAAGAAACGUAGACAGGCCACCGCCUUAAAAGGCGAUGCACUUUCCAGGAAAGAGCUUCUCAAAAACGAAGUAGAAGACGACGAUCAUUCCGCCGUGCAAUCUCUUCCUGAUAAUAAUGAGACGAAGAGCUCGUCUUCCCGAGACGGUAGCAUCAGGUCUGCUAAGGUGGCACCCGCCCCGGAGGAAUGCCAAGAGGAGGCCGUGAAUUGGGUGGAUGUGGAAGGAGAGGAUGAGGAAGGUAAUGGCGAAGAUGGGAGACUCAGCAAUGUCGACGGUCGGCGAAUUGCUCCUGGGUCACCGAGUUUCAGGGUAUACUGCGUUGAAAUGUCCGAAAGUGAUAAGGAGGAUUUCAAGGAUGACGACAGCUCGAACAAAAAAUCACAGACAGAUGAUGGAAGCGUGAGCGAUAAAUCAGUGAGUUCUGCGGAGCGAUCAAUUGCAAAGACAGAGAAGAAAGGAAGCAAGAGGAGAAGAUUCAAAGGAGUAUUACCAAAAGGAGGAUCUGUGAAGCAACUAUUCAAAGUUAAAUCUUGCUACAACCCAGGUUGCGCUAGCAACCAUGACGCACGUCUUCUUUCAGGAAAAUCAGCUGCUUGAUUACAUAUAAGCUAGGAAGAAAGAAGAUAGAAUUCCUAGCUAUACAUUUUCUUCAGCUUUCUCUUUUUGGGUUUCUUCUUUUCCCAAUCUUGAUUAGUACUUUAUGUGUGCUUUUCCAAGCAUAGGAAUUAAUUAUCCUAAAGACUCAUGUGCCCUUUUAUAUAGUCUCUAAUCUCCUUUUAUAUUUUCCUGAGACAGAAGAAGACAUGAGCUGCUCGGUAACCAUUCCUUCCAGGUUCAUGCUAUGUACUCUGUUGUGAAAAUAUGUCAAUUCUAUCUC